GUACAACGACGAUUUAGAAGGACAGCAUUUUGUUAGUACCACAAUACUUGUGGUAACUAUAAACGUCCAGCAGGGGGAGACAUCGUUCUACACUGCACACCGGUGCUCUUGGCACGGAAAUAGUUCGUUUUCAUCCACAUUUUAAAAAGUCACUCCCUUUCAUGUUGACUGGGGAAAGUUUCACCCAAAUAUGAGCAAUGCCUAUUGUCUGUCUUCCACAAGGCUCUAAAUACAAUGUUUCUGCACCGGCCUCCAACAUCAGACUGAGGUCAAUCUUGGAAACUCCAGUGUGAGUAAGAGUCAGCGUAAAAUGUCUAAAAAUAUAACUAGAGUCAGUCUUUACGCUCCUUUAAAGACCUAUCAAGUCAAUUUAAUUAUAAGCACAUUAAAAACAACAAAGAAAGCAUGUGAAGAACAGAAUCUAACGGAGUUUAGCAUUUGUGGGCUUUUACUCGAGCCACUCUGUCUUCAAAGAAGGCUCAGAGGGUGGUGGAGGGUUAUUUAUGCAGCUCUUCCUCCGUCAUCUCUUGCUGCCGUUCCUCUCCUGCACAUUUCUGUCUGUCCAGCUUUCCGUAUCUCUAUUUCGGUCUCUCUCGGGCCUGACCACAUAAUGACAGGCCUUCUGUAUAUUAAAGGACCCUGCCCAUGCAUCCCCUCCCUGUCACCUCCCUUCUCAUGGGCCUUUAUAAGUCCCUGCCAACUCAUCUGGAAGACUAGCGCUCGACGGCCACUCACCAGCAGCUGCAAACACCAGCCAUGGACAACCAUUCGUACAACUUCCCGUCGGACUGCACCCCGCUCACCAACUGCAAGUCGGCCCGGAAAGCGGGCGGCUCAACCGUGGUGAACAUGGGCAGCGCCGGUAAGAACCCUCCCCGGGACUAUCUGCUGUGGUCGCUGUGCAACACCUUGUACGUGAACUUCUGCUGCCUGGGCUUCAUGGCGCUCAUCUACUCCAUCAAGGCCAGGGAUCAGAAGACACAGGGCAACCUGCAGCUGGCCCAGGAGUGUUCAGACAAGGCCAAGUGGUACAACAUCCUGGCGGCCGGCUGGAACCUGCUGAUUCCCCUGCUCGCCGUGGUCCUGCUCGUCCUGCUGCUCGUGCACCUGGGCUCCCACCAGGGCUCCUUCGACUUCCUGGGAGAGGACGGCUUGCAGAACUUCUUGAAACUGUUCAGCUGGUAGAUGGAGGUGAAGGCAGAGCGCAUCAGUCUCAAAGUCAACGCAUUCGCACUAACUGAAGGCAGAGGACGCUCGAUUGGGUGGAGCACACGGGGCUCAAGGGAGCUCCAUCUGGAAGGAGCUCUGUAGAAGUUAAGAGUUCAUAAAAUCUGCUCAGCAUAAAAUUUUAACCAUGGUUUGUAUGUAUAAGUCGUCUUAGGGAUGCACUAGUGCACAUGAUGGUAUGAAAUAUUAGGCUAAAACAAGGUUGAAAUUGAACUAAAAUAUUUAAAUUCAUGAAACAUAAAAAAUCAAAAUAUUAAACAUAAGACAAAUGAUGUGCUCUCACAGUUGAUGUAUUGAGAAGAGACAAUUAAUAAUAGUAUAUCCACUUACUGUAAUGUAAUGUAAUGGUAAAGUUAAGCUUGCACCUCGCCUCCCUGAAAUAGUGAGUUGAAAGAUGUACAAAUCAGAAAAAAGAUUAAAAUCAGCAAAACAUGACUCAACAGGUUGAGAGACUGAGUGAGCAGCUACUCUUAGGUGUUACUGUUAUUUAUUGUAUUUAUGUUGAGUUGUGACAUGAAUGAACUGGACAUGAGCUGAAAUCAUCUCUAGUCCAGUUACAAAGAGGAGGACGAGGGAGCAGACAUCUAAACGCCACUUUACAGAGAACACGCAACAUUCACCUCCUGCUAAUUACAAUUAUUUCUUACUUUUUAUCUCUUUGUACUUUAUUGGACCAUUGUUAAUCUAUUUUCUCAUUAUUCAUGUAUUUAAUGGAUUGAAAUUUGUGUAUUUAGAUUUUACAUAUUUUCACUGCCAACCUCUUGUGAGUGAGCUAAAUAAACCAGAUACUGUUAUUGAA